AUGAAUAUCAAGGACAGAUCCCUGGAGUUUCAGCAGAGUGUGCUGGUGCAUAAGAAGCAUAAUAAGGCAAACUUAAAGAAACAGGAACGUGCAUGGCAAUUGGAGAAAGAACGCGAUGAAAGUCAGAAGAAACCACAGUCAAGUGAAUUUCAUGUUAAAGCAUCUCGUAUAUCCCAUGAAAUUUCAUCAACUGCACAAUUACUAUCAAAAUUGGCCAUUUUGGCAAAGCAAAAACCUAUGUUUAAUGACAGUCCUGUGGAAAUUGCAGAACUAUCAUUUCUCAUAAAGCGUAAGAUAUAUGCAAUUGAACAAAGUUUAGUUGACUUGAGUCGUUUCCAGAGGUCGCGGCAGAAUGGGAACCCUGUGGAUUCUGGUGGUGGUGGCCAGCAUUCUAAAAACGUAAUGAAUAUGUUAAAUACCAAGAUGAAGAAUAUUUCAGGUGAUUUCAAAGGUGUUUUGGAAGAAAGACAAAGGAUGGAGAUGAAUAAUAGAGAUAGAUGGGAAAAAAUAUCACAGGUUGACGAUAAAGAAUCUCAACAGCCAGCACAUGCUGAAAGUGUAGCGACUUACAACAGUUCAAAUCCAUUCAUGUCGUCGAUGUUAGCUGAAACUUCAGAACAACAGUCUGAUGGCGGUAAUGGCGGUGCGUCAAACGGUCUCUCGCUACCGCAGGAAUCGCAAAUGUUGCUCAUGGAAGAAGGUCAAAUGAGUAACGGUCAAUAUUUACAAGAGAGAAAUCGUGCUGUGGAGACGAUUGAAUCUACUAUACAAGAAGUUGGGAAUCUUUUCCAACAACUGGCGUCCAUGGUUCAAGAACAAGGCGAUGUAAUUCAAAGAAUCGAUGCCAACGUUGAUGAUAUUGAUGUUAAUAUAAGUGGAGCUCAACGUGAAUUACUCAAAUAUUUUGAUAGAGUUAAGAGUAAUAGGUGGCUCGCUGUUAAGGUUUUCUUCAUCAUAUUUAUCUUUUUCAUGGUAUGGGUGCUGGUCAACUAG